UGGAACAAGAUAUUAUUGUCGUGAGUUGCAACGAACGAGUUGGAUAGUACAUUUUCAGUCAAAGUAGAAUUACCUUUACUACUAGCACUACUUAGUAUUUUAUAUUUAAACAAUGAGUUGUCCUGGAAGAUACUCAUAUCAUCCGAAUGGCGAUACAACCGGUGACGAUGGGAUGCUGUAUGGGGAAUAUCUGAUGCUAGACAAAUUGUUAACGGCGCAGAGACCGUUAAGUGCUUAUCAUGGUCAUGCUGUCCAUGAUGAACAUCUUUUUAUCAUUACUCAUCAAGCGUAUGAAUUAUGGUUUAAGCAAAUAAUAUAUGAACUUGAUUCUAUUAGAGCCCUCUUCAAGAGGGUGGUAGAGGAAACUCAAAGUCUAGAGAUAUUAAAACGAUUAAAUAGGAUAGUUUUGAUUUUAAAGAUAUUAGUGGAUCAAGUCAUGAUUUUGGAGACCAUGACUCCAUUAGAUUUCAUGGAGUUUCGUGAUUAUCUCUGUCCUGCUUCCGGUUUUCAAAGUUUACAGUUUCGAUUACUAGAAAAUAAAUUGGGCGUAAAACAAGAGCAUAGGGUCAAGUACAAUCAGAAUUACGCAAAAGUUUUUGGAAACGACGAACAAGCGGUUAAAGCAAUUGAAAAAUCUGAAUCAGAACCGUCAUUAAAAGAAUUAGUGGAAAGGUGGCUAGAAAGAACGCCUGGUUUAGAAAAUGAAGGAUUUAAUUUUUGGGAAAAAUACAAAAAAGCAGUUAAUAGAUUUUUAGAGGUGAAAGUUGGCCCUGAGGAAUUCAACGAUGACAAUAAAGAUUAUAGGAAUCAAGAGUAUGAAAAAAAGAGAGAGCAGUUCGAAUCGGUUUUAGACAAUCGAGUUCACGAUGCUUUAAUGUCUCGGGGUGAAAGGCGAUUUUCACACAAGGCAUUACAAGGAGCUAUUCUUAUAACACUCUACAGAGACGAACCGAGAUUUAGUCAACCUCAUCAAAUCCUUACAUUAUUAAUGGAUAUCGAUUCUCUUAUAACAAAAUGGAGAUAUAAUCAUGUUAUUAUGGUUCAAAGAAUGAUCGGGUCAUCUCAACUAGGUACUGGGGGUUCUUCAGGAUAUCAGUAUCUAAGAUCUACGCUUAGCGACCGUUACAAAGUAUUUGUUGAUCUUUUUAAUCUUUCAACGUUUCUGGUUCCAAGAUCAUUUAUACCUAAUCUAGGGUUGAAAAUUAAGAAUCAUUUAUAUUCAAAUACUGAUUGGAAAACAGCAUCUGAAGAUUGUAUACAAAAUAACGAAGAGGAAAAGCUGGAUGUAAAAAAUUUUUAACUUACUAGUUCAAGGGCCCAGUGGCGUAUUUCGCAUGUAAUCGUUACAUUUUAGAAACGAAUAAAUUGUAUAAAUAAAUAAUUGCUAAUUUUUCAAUAUAAAAUUGUAGUCAA